AUGGGACAAUCUGAAUCAAAGGAAGUAGCAAACGAUGGAAAAUAUGCAGAACUAAGGAGGCUAGCGGAACAAAAAGGGCCAGUUGCAAUGUCAAAAUAUCUUCAGGAAAAUAUUCAGAAAUGGAAAGAAGAGAAAGUAAAAUUCGCUGUAACUGGUAGGUCUGCUACAGGAAAGUCAACAUUUAUCAAUAAGAUUCGAAAUGUAAAACCACGUGAUCCAGGAUACGCAAAAUCGGGCAGUGGUAAUACUACCAAAGAACCAACACCUUACCAAAAUCCACAGAAUCAGCUUAUUGUAUUCUAUGACUUACCAGGAAUCGGUACAUUACAAUUUCCAAAAGAGACAUACGUUUCAAAAAUGGAAUUAUGUAAAUAUGAUUACUUUUUCAUAUUUUUUGACAAGGUUGUAAAUGAAGAUGAAAAUUUCUUGAUUUGCGAAUUACUGAAAUUAGAAAAAUCCUAUUGUUUGAUAAGAUCAAAGAUUGAUGAUGAUAUACGAAAUGCAGAAGAUGAUGGCAGGACAGAGGAAGAAGUUAUUCCAGCAAUAAGACAGCAAAUCAAUGACCAAAUAUUGUGUUAUUCUCAUCUCAACCAUUGUGAUGCAAUUUUUCUUAUUUCGAGCAAAAGAAAGGACAUUGGGAACUAG